CCUCCUAGCCGGCUGCUGUAGCGGUGCGUUCAUGCGACUUUUUCCGGAGUGUUUGAAAGUUGUCAACAGAGAAGCAGAAGAAGGAGCAGGAGAUCAGUGGCUUUAACGGGACUGCGGAGCUCGGAGGAGGAGGAAUGGGCUGCACUCAGAGCAAGAAGAAAAGCAAAGGCAAGAAAGGAGAGAAGACUCAGAAGGCGAACAUCCGCCAGGAUGAUGAAGGUAAACGUGCGUCAGGUGAGCCGGACGUCUGUCUGGAGAAGCAGUUGGAGCGGUUUGAGUGGCAGCUGAGGAUUUUAAGGGAGGCCAAUGGGAACCCAGAGAGGGUGGAGUUACUGAAAGACCAUGGUGAUGAAGAACUGUGUGGCCUCGUACUGAGCAUCCUCGAUAAGGUGAAAACGGAGACGACGGCCGAUUUGAACAUCCUGCAUGAACAGAAGAGUAAAUCUGCUACUGAGGAGCACGAGAGGCACGUGGAAGAGCUGCAGAGGAGAAACGAGCACGAGAAAAAUCAACUGACAGAAAAGUUUCAGGCGGCUGAAAAUGUUCUCAAGGCUAAAGUGGAGGAGCUGAAGGCAGAGCUGCAGGUUUACAACGAGCUGAAGAGACGAGUCGAAGAAUCGAUGUUUAAGAAGGACCUGCAGAGGAAUAUACAGGCUCACGGGAGCCCAGGUGCAUUCUGGGAGUCUGAGCAGGAGUCCCUGGUGUUUGUGAUUGAGAUGAAGAGUGAGCGCGUGCAGGAGCAGAACAGGAAGCUGCAGCAGAUGGACACGCUGGUGGAGAAGAAUUUGGCUUUGGAGGACCAGAUCAUUCACACCAUGCAGCAGAACGAGGACCUGAGGGUCCGGAUAGACAACUGCCAGACUCUCAUUCAGCAGCUAUCGAAGGAGCAGCAAGACCUGAAGGUGGCGCUGGAGAGGCAGGUAGCAUCCAACCAGAAGCUUUCUCAGGAAAAAGAGCAGCUGAUGUUCAAGCUGAGACACAGGGACUCGUGCCCGCCCAUCCACCUGCCCACCGUGAUGCCGGAGGUCACGCCAAGAUGACCGACUGCGAGUCUGACCCUGGAUCUUUUUCCGACUAGCAGCCCGUCUGGUUUCAUUAACUGAGCAAAAGAGUCAAACAGAAAGAGUGGCCAACCCUCCGAGUUCACGUUAGAGACUCUGGAGCUCUGACUCUGCCUACAUUAAUGCUGAUCAACGAGAACAUCAGUUUCACUGCAGCCAGCGGAUCUUCUGCAGUCGAUGAGGUUUACUGAACAACUCUGGAUCCUCUGAGAUCACAGAAAGCUUUGAGCGUUUACCGCUGUAUGCACGAACUGUUUGGAGCCAGAGAGACAUGUUUAUUUUUGUUUUUCUGGCAUUUUCUAAUGACGAUCAUCGGUUUGAUGGCGGUUUAAAUGCUACAGAAAGCAUGAAACUGAGAUACUAGGAACAGAGUUUUAUUUUAUUGCAGAGCAAAAACGGACUGAUGAGCGUGGCAGCACAGAAAUGCUCGUUCUGUCCGUAACAUCACGUUAUCAGUUAACUUCACUCCACUACUUGACUCAAUCUUGAGUUCAAGUCCAAGAACUCCUGGUGGCACCAUAAAACCUGCAUCAUAUGCUGCGAUGCUUCGUCAGGUGUGCCUUUUCAGGUCUAGGCCUUCAGCUAUUAAUGACUUUCCUUUUUGAAUUAAACCUUCAGCCCAUUAUCAGUCUAGAAUUUAUUUCAUAAAUUACAUCCAAUAACAAGCAAUUUUCGUGUGACAAAAGCCAUAAAACUUGACUAAUUUGAUUUCUUUUGCUGACUAACUGUUACUCCAGUCACUGUAUCCGUAGGUAUUACGGUUCUGGAAAUUCCAAAUGCCAAUGCCAAAGUGCCUCCCAUCAGGACGCCGAAGUGCUGAUCAAAGAUCUCAUGAGCGUCUUUGCUGAAGUUGGAGCCUUGCUGAGUUGAACAGUAUUUGAUGCACGUGAAGUACCUGAAGGUUCAAACGUAUUAAACUUUCUCCAAGGACUCUGCUGGGAACCAGGUUUGUUGAUGGUACCAGAAAGUCUGAGACCUCUGAGGUUUCAAGGGUUGUAACAAAGGCCUGUUUUACUUGGAUGGUUAAUGCAUUUGAUGAGCUUCCUGAGGAUCCUAAAGAAAAAAUAUGACUAGUACUUGAUAGCUUUCCAGUUUAUUAGUGUUUUAGCGUUUACCUUUGUGCCUUUUCUAACUGCAGGGACUGUUUUUCCACUUCUUUUAUCCUUUUUAUUUCCAACUUGCUCCUUUCACUAAUAGUCCACAAAAUUAAAAACAAAAACAAAAACAGGGAUAUCUCUAGAAACAACAGACCUGCUGGCUCUGUCUGGAAUUAUUUUUUUCUUUUCACGUAAAUCACCCCAGUUUCUACUGGUAACUUUCGGCUGUGGGUUAUUUUUCACGAGGUAGUAUUUUAUAACACCAGUAGUAAACAUAAAAGUGAGCAGAGGUUUAAACCCUGAAAGGACUAGUACAGUUAUUGAUGUAGGGUGGAGCAAUGGAAAUAGAAAGGUAAAUACUGACACCAGUUCACACCUACCCUGUGCUGGAACAGUGCUUAGUGCUUUGUAGGGAAGUCUUUCAGGUUUUUCUCUCAUUACAAACUUCUGCUUGAAGGUUCAGAUCUUUUUUUUUUUUUUUU